AUGUGGUCUACCAGUGAGAAGCCGCUCGUGAAAUACAGUUUCAUUACUGAAUUUGAAGAUCACAUAUUUGUUGCCGUGUAUGCUGAAGCAUUUUUCUCUUUACAUGAUCUCAUCACUUCUUACGUCAAUGAGAAGGAAAAAGUACAUGCAGGAGGCUUGCGAACCAAUAGCCCCGAUCCUCAGGAAAAACAGAGUACAAAUAAAUGUCCAGCAUCGAAUACUACGUCAAUUCCUUCAAUCUCUAUCUCUGAAGAAGAGAAAAAACGAAAACAAUUCGAUCCAGCCGAAAUAUUACUUUCAUGGGCUGGAAAAAGUAUUGAGCCUUACGGAAUAGACUACAUUUUACAAAAAUUAGGAUUUUCUUAUGCACGAACAACAAUUCCGAAAUGGAUUCAAAGAGGAUUCAUGGAUCCACUGGAUAAAUUACUAGCUGCUCUUAUGUUAAGAAUGGUUCUAGCCGGGAAAACAAAAUAG